UUCAUUAAAAAGCUCAGAGUAAAAAAAGAAAGAAAAUGACAACACUUUUAUAGAUCUGUGGCGGCCUCUGAUAAAUUACUUGCACAGUGAUGUUAGUGACAUCGACUGAAGGGCAUGUGAAGGGCACAUUGGAUUGAAAAGUUCCUGUUUAUUCAAUGAAAUACAUGUCAGAAUUAGAUUUGCCUGUAUCAUUCAGUUAUUUCAGUAUUUUUCCAUGUCUGUUCCAGUCUGUGUGUAAUAGAUAGAUAUGGGAACAGCACAGGUGUAACAGCUGUUGCAGUCACCAGUACACUGCCUAUCAGCAUGUGAAUAUUUGAUUAACCACAGGCUCUGAGAGUAAAAUGCAAGUGGAAAUGUUUAUAUAGACUUUUAUGUGACAUCUCCAGGUGCUGGUGGUGUUUUUUUGGCUCAUGUUGAGUUACUGUGUGGUUGUGUACAGCUGAAAGUGUUUGCCAAGUUCAGUUGACCAAUAAUACUGUGCCAACAGUGCAGACACCCUCUCUGAAGCAUGUAAAAGAAAGCAGCCUGUCACCUCUCUUCUUCAGGGUCUUGAUCCCAUCCAUCGGUGCAGAUCAACUCCAGCCAACAUACGACCCCUCAUCCUGCUCCUGUGACACAGAGACGCCAACAUGCUCUCGCUCCUCUUGUUGUUUGGUCUGGCUCUGGGUGCUGUGUCUUCUCCUGAUGUGAAGCUGCAGCGUGGCAACUGUCCCAUGUUCUGGUACAGCUUCAACGGCCGCUGCUACAAGUACAUCUCCACACGUUUCACCUGGGCUGAUGCAGAGCUCCACUGUGUGUCAGAGGGAGCCAACCUGGUGUCCAUCCACAGUCAAGAUGAAGAGAAUUUUGUCAAAUCUCUGAUCAAGAACUUUGACCCUGCACAGGGGUAUACCUGGAUCGGACUGAGUGACACCCAGAAGGAAGGAGGAUGGAUGUGGUCUGAUGGGUCUGCAGUGGACUUUACCUUUUGGAAUACAGGACAGCCAGACAACUAUAGAGAAUACGAACACUGUGUUCACAACAACUGUUUUGCAGAUUUGAAAUGGAAUGACGAUCUUUGUUCUGUAACUUAUGCCUCUGUUUGUAUAUCUCGUAUAACCUGUACAUAGCAACUGAGACAGUAACAUAUGUCUGACUGAGCCUGAUCUCUGUUCAGCUGUUGCUCUGUUGACAUGAAUGAGGCCUCUACAAUAAAGACACAAAUGUACACUGUUGUGUUUACAGAAGUCACUUCAUUUUCAUGAAUGUUGGAUAUUCACACAGGUAACUUUAGUGGUUGAUCAAAAGGAAUAUUUCCACGCCUUUAUCAUAAUCUCAAAAUUAAUAUUACCAAUAUUUAUUAAAAAUAAUACUACCCCUUCAUUGUACUUAACAAACAUGUAUUUAUUAAGAGGAUUAGAACCUACAGCCAUAACCUAAACAUGAUUUUUAAUCCACAGAUUGCUACCCUUUGUGUUUUUAUAGAUUUACAUUUAUUUGUGUCUUUGCAUGUCUUCUCCAGCUGUGUGUCUUGUGUGUGUAAAUUAAAAGAGUCUGGCCUUGACCAGAUCUGUAUGAAAACUGUCCCAAGAUCAAUUUUAUGAUUUCGUGCUAUAUAAAUAAAAUUGUUUUGGCUUAUCUCUUACACAUACUAAAACAAAGUGUGACACACCAUAUGUCUUCCAGCUAUUGAACAGUUUAUUAUCUUCUUUGAACAUGGAAUAUUAUUGCCGUUUACCUCAUUGAUAAACAUUUUCCACAGUCCUAUGACAGUCAUGACUCGUAACAAGGCAGCGUACUGAAAACAGAAUGAAGUCCCUCUUUUAUAACGAGAACCUCUGAUCAGCUUCUGGUUUGAGUCAUGAGAAAAUCCCUGGGUCAUGAUGCUGACUGGAUGGAGUCACACUUGAACAGGUUUUGAUCUUUCUUCCCACCCUGGUCCCUUCCUCUCCACUGAAGUCCACAAAUCAUCCAAAGAAGUUUUUAAAGUCUAAAUAAAAGUGUUUUUGCAUAACUGCUACAGCAGUUGAUUGUGAGGCACUGCAAGACAAGGCACUUUGGUGAAUACUGAGAUGCAACAGCACAAGAGGAUAUGAAUCUUUAGUCUACACUGACACUGUGUAAAUUACAGUUAUGAUAAUGAGAGGAGAAAAUGUUCCCUUCAGGAGAAAUGUAAUAAACGACAGAAACAAAACCAGCAGAAGUUCGACAGGCUCUGCCCAGUCCUGAAAGAGGAAGCAGGAAGUCCAAAUAGGUUUGGGUUACCAUGACAUGAAGCAUUUUAUGUUAACCAGGUCAGGACACGUGCAGGCUGGUCUCAUUUCAGUUUUAAAUGUCCCUCUUUAUGAAAAGUUGUAGUGGAAAGGUUUGGUUAAAUCCAGGUCACCACAACACAGGAAAGUCCAUUUUACUGAAGCCAGGGUCUCUGCGCAUCUCCCAGUAGGUGUUGUUGCUCACCCACGUGUCGUUGUUAGACUUCCUG